AUGUCUUUCCCAUUUUAUCAGAACGCGGGUGACGGCAGGGGAACAGCACAGUAUCGCUUUGGUCCACCACCCACACCUCAAUUCCAACCGCAGCCGCAUUGGGAAGAAUGGGAUUACUUCCGCGCACAUUCACUCAAUCCUGAUCGUGCCAUAUACGAGGCAGCUCUUGACAGAGUGGAUGUAACCACAGCACCGCCAUCUGAGAUCGGACAUGCCGCAGCAUACAAAGUGUUUCGAAUCUGGAGACACCAUGGUUCUAUCUGUGCCCCUCUAGGAGGAGAUAUCGAAAGACAGUGGGAAUGUUUGAUGGCACUGGCUAUAGAGGAGGCCACAUGUCUAUGUCAAUACUCGGGCUGUAUGGUGGACAGGAUAGGCUGCCAAGUAGCUGCCGACGCCGCGGCCUCCACAGCGUCUCUCAUCUUCAGUCAAACGGAGAUGGCUGUUGCAGAUCAACAAGGCGAUGGACCUGCAGAAGGAAACCCAAAUCCAAAUCCAAUGGAAGGCAUGGGCGGAAAUAUGGGAAACACGGGCAAUAUGGACAUGGACGGAAUGGGAGGAAUGGGUAUGGGCCCCAGAAUGGGCAUGGGAAUGGGUGGAAUGCAGUCCGGUAUGGGACCAGGUGGUAUGGGCAUGAAUCAGAUGGGCAGCAUGAGAAGUGGAGGAAUGGGUGGGGGCCGAUACGGGAUGGGUGGCAUGGGCCCUAUGGGCGGAGUGGGUCCAGGGCGAAUGGGCCCAAUGGCCAGAAUGGGAGGCGGAUUCCGCGGCGGCGGCGCCCAAUCUCCCUACAUUUACGACGACCAGUACACCUACACCGGCGCUACGCCAACAAGCCUCAAGCGCACCAGGGUCGCCUGUGAUGUCAAGAGCCGGGGCAACACCAGGGACUCCGAUGGAUGGACUUCGGAGCGCGAUGAAAGGCGGACGGGCGAGUGCGAUGAUGAGCGGGAGGGCAAGUCCAAUGGGCUCCGUGGGCAUGGGUGA